AUGCUCCAAUAUGCCGGAAAUACUUACCAUAUUCGUGUCGCAUAUCCCGGACAUCACACAUUUAGGCACAAUGCCAACGUGCCUAACACUCACUCGAUCAAUGGUAAUCAUCACGCCGAUUACUUGGUACUUAACAGCUCGCAGUACAAAGAGCUGAGAAAAGAAGCUGAUCACAUGGGAGAUUUCAUUCCUAGUUUAGUAGUUAGUACAAAGUUUGCCGAGCCGGACCUUAUUUCCCAGUAUGGUAACAUUACCAUACCCAUGGUUCAACUUCCUUUAGAUGCUAGAGCAAUCCGUUCACCCACUCCGCUGGCCUUUGCUCAGCGUGUCUCAUCUGGUCCCUUCCUCCCGGAGUACGACAGUGACGUCCGUCACCACCAUGACAAGAAACUCACGGCCAUCGACUUAGCUGACCUUGUCCACAUGUCGGACAAGGAUAUCACUAACAUUCCGGAUAUUUCCGUCACUCCUCCAGAUGCUACUGUACUUUUCGCCGAGCCUCCUCCAAGGAGCUUAGGCCUUUCCAGGUUGCCCAACGGCAGCCUGGAAAAUUUUAAUUCUGAAACUCAGAAUGCCCACAACAUUGACCGGCUCAAGCAAGAAGCCGCUGGAUCAACGGAUGAAGAAGACUCGCGCCGAAAAGAACUCAAGAAGCCCAUCACUCCACCUCCUACUCCUCCCCGCAUCGCCUCAGCUUUCCCACCCAUCAAGCUGGAGCCGCUUCUCGAAGCUGCGCCUGCCGAUCAAGAUUACAAUGAAGGAAGCGCGGAGCCUGUAGAAGGAUGGACUAAGAUCUCUGAGGACGAUCCAGCCAGAUCAGAAUCUGAGAUCGAUCCUGAUCUCGUCUUUACCCACGGACUUGACGCCCUCAAAGAACAGGACAAGGCGCAUGAUUGCGUACCUCGCAACACGCCCGUCGCCUUCAGACUUAACUACAGGCAACUUCCAUACGAGCCGCUUCCGUUCACCGGAACCUAUGAUGAACGAAUGGUCAUGCACCUCAUGUGCGCAUGCCAGUUCUUAUCCAUCGCAAUGUCUGUGCACUCGACGCGCGAACUGGGUAAUGAGCUCACAAGCUUUCACGCUGCCUGCCCUUCAUCUAUCUUUCAUUAUGACACUACCGAAUAUCCUGCUUCCGUUCCCCAUGGCCGCACGCGCCUACAUUCCUGA